UGCUUAAUCGACUCUCCCUUUUACCUCCACUAUGCUCCGUGGUGUAGGUUCCCGUAGCUCCCCAAUAUUCAUUUCAGACGAUGAAUGCGAUAAUGAAAGCCUUCAAAGCGCGCCUGGCUCUGCGUCCCUAGUACGAGAUCAAGCCAACGCACACCCGGAGAAAUUGCGGACUGCUGUCAGUGAUAACCUCGCUGGCAAUGCACAGCAGAGCAACAAUUCUCAGCCCGCAGGACGUGCUGCAAAAAAGCAGAAAGUCAGGGCCGCCGCCCCAAUGCCCAUGCCAGUUGCUGGACCGAGUAAAGCAACAAAUGUCAACGGCGUGCAACAAUCCGAAUCGAAAAAGCGAAAAAGAGAGCAGCGAAUAGCCAAGAGGCGACAAGAGCAUACGGAGAAGAAGGCCCGCGUCGAUGGGUCGGCUCAGCUCAUGGCACAAGCUAUGGCUGCUUUCCCACCCUCGUUUCCGCCCCUUUCCCCUACAACCGACAUGUCGCCUGGCUUUUUUAUGCCUCCAGACCCUUUUGGUUAUCCACCCUUCCCUUAUCAAGGCUUUCCAAUGGGUCAACCCCUCAAUGUCUCUACUUCUAAUUGGGUCAAUUCUAUGGCAAGCAUUGCGGAACCUCUUCCUGGCUCAUUCACCCUCGACUUGGAAUAUAUACUCAGACAUCUCCCAGUGGCCUCAAAUCUCACCACCGUCAGGAGCACACACUAGACCUACCCCGGGCCCUGUGGAAUCGCCGCCGGCCUCAUCAUCGUUACUCCCAACACCUUCUUCUGCAUCUUCAUCUCUUCCAGAAACUCCGAGACUUCCCUUGAAGCCCGGUAGCCAAAAACCGAAGAAGCCCUCCACCACGAUGAUUGGCAUGCAGUCUGACCGCGACCCCGAGGGUAAACGGCGCACAUUCAGAGUCAAGCCUACCACUCACAUGGAUGCUGAUUCAACUGUCCAAUUCCCUUACAAGCCAGACCCGUUGCGCACACUCGUCAUGGAGCAAAUCCCGAAGAUACAUAGGAAUAUCGAUUACAUCCGAACCUGGUGCAAGAACGUGUCUGACUGUUCCCCGGUUUUCGUCGCUGUAGAGGCUAGUAAUGCGAAUGCUGUCAUUGAGUUUCCAUCAGUCGAACUUGCGCGGAAGGCAUGGGUGAGUCCUAGGCUAGGCCCGCCUAAUCUAUCAGGCACGACUAUCAAGGGGGCGCCUAGGGAAGAUCUCAUUCGAGUAUGGUGGUAUCUAGUCUCAGAACCGGCGGUGGAAUUUACGAUGAAGGAGCUAGAAGACGGCGAAAUUGAGGACACUGCCGCUAUGAAGGAGGCUGCAAAGAAAGAUGCCGCUAAGGAAGCUCAGCUCCAAAGCCGUCGUGAGAGGAAGAGAGCAAAAAAAGCGGUGAAAGAGGCAGAAGAAAAGCUUGCGUUGGAAAAAGCCAACCUUUCUCAAGUCCAUUCUCCUGCUUCGCCUUUAAUCCAGAGUUCUGCAGUGUAUACUCCUGCAUCUGUCACAUCUCCUGCUCCUUCCGCAUUUACCCCACUCCCUCCCCCACUUUGUCACGCUCUACCAUCAGCACCUUCAUUGCCAUCGAUACCUCAAUUUCCUGUUACCGAGACAUUUCAACCAAAGAUCCCUCUGCCCCCUCAAUCCGAACUCGCUCCGAAUUGGCGACCGGCACCAAUCGAUACCACUAAGUUUUCCACCUUCCGCGAUGAUCCUGGAUCAUCGCUGAUUACGGUCAGCUCCGUCGGCGCAAGCGACAUGGGGCCGCCGUCGGCACACCUCUACAUUCCACUAUCUUCUCGAUCUACAAGCCAAUCAGAAGAUAUGGAUGUCGACAUCGAUAUGGAGGUCGAAACACCAUCUAGUUAUCAUAAUCCAUCUCCUCUGUUGAGUCACGAGCGUAGCUCAGUUCCUCAUGCAUCUAACGAAGACCCGGUCACUAUUCCUCCCGCUAUAGUAACAUCUUCGGCCACCCCACAAACAGCCUCAUCGAUCAUCACUCAUUUGUCAGAGUCCAGCCACAAUUGGCCCACAUCCAUACCCAUAUCUGCAUCUAAUCUUGGAUCGCCUGCUACGUCUGCAUCGCCUACUCCUCCUCCCUCAGAGCCACGAGCGAUGAAAAAUGCGCCGAAAGGACCGUCAUUCGUCUUCCGAUCACUAGCCGUCAAGCAAAAGGAACUGGAAGAACGGAUUGCGAGAGAACGAAAUUCCAUUGGUAUCGGGAAGAUGGACGCCCAGCCACCUAUACAAGUAACCCCUCCAGUCUUGUCAACAGAACAGGUCAUCGACAAUAUGGCUAUGGAGGAGAAGCUGCGUCAAUUAGUUUUAGCAAGUCAAAGAAAGAAGCUAAAGUCGACACUCACGGCUUCCGUCGACGUUUCGACGCCUCCUGUUGCGCCUCGAUCAUUAGAGGAUCCUGUAUCUAUAGAAUCCCCAACACUUACACCACCUCCAGCACUAGAAUCUAUACCCAAGAGCUCUGAUGUCGUAUCGACGCCGGUCCCAGACAAUGCUCUUGACGAUCUUGCCGUAUCUUUCAUUACUGAGACCAUACAAACCCUCGAAACGCCUCGCGGACGGCCCGCAUUGACAUCGCCACUUCCCCUGGCUGGUCUCAAGCCGCCUACGACCCAAGCUUCCUCUGCCAAGCAAGAGCUUGCUGCAAAACAACGUCGUUUGGAGCAGCAAAUAGCGGAAAGUAGGACCCUUAUGGCGAAGCUCAGUUUAGCGCGUACGAAACAAGAGAAAGACGUUAUCAUGAACUUACUCAGGGAGACAAGCCGGUGCGUUUGCGUUUCCUUCGCCAGGUUGCUGCACUGGGCAAAUCUGGCGUUGGCUGAGGUUUUAUUCCUUUUGGUUGUUUUUGCAAUUUUAGGGCGGCCGAAGACGAUCGAAACAAGUCAGUGAAACCGAGAAAGAGUUCAUGGCCUGAAGCGUCUUGGAAUGGGAUUCUUAUUGUCAGCGACGACGAAGACAACAGUGACAGCGAUAAUGAAGGUUUGCUAUGAUACGCCUUUAUUUUCUACUUUUCUUUUAUGCUGUU